AUGAUGAAAUUGGCAAGAACAAGAAGCAAUGUUAAUUUCCGACACAAUGAACAAAAAUCAACCAGACGUGCUUUAAAUGCACAUCUUAAGUUCACAUUAUGCACCUGUUCCUAUAAGAUUUUUUCUCUUCAUAGUUGGCAGAAAGAAAUAGAAAAGCAUGGAAAAACCAUUUGGAUGCAAAAAGUUUUAGCAGUGAUUAGAGUCAUCUCCAGAUAA